AAAACCCAACAAGCAGAUAUAUGCAUAUACACAUUUAUAUAUGCUGAAGCUUUUUUAUAUGGUUAACUUUCAAGAUUUGAGCUAAGUUUUGGCUUUGCUCUCCUAUGACAGAAAGAAUGAGGCCCGAGACAGGUAUUCGAAUUUCCAAGCGAGCUCAAAAACAAUGUUAACUCUUUCUUUAGAAAAAUUGUUGGAUUGAAGACGCUGAUGAUUCAAUAAUUUCAUAAACUUGAAAUUUAGAGCAAGUCAGAGGCAAGUAGAAUUGCAAAGCUAUUAAUUGAAAAUAAUUACUCUGCUGCGCCCUUACAAGUAUAUCCAAAAAGGAGGAGUUGCUCUUUAUUUCUUUUUAUAUUAUUAUUAACUUUUUUUAACUAAGACAGUUAAAGAAAAUAAGCAUUAAUCAUAUAUAAGAGAAUGCAGGCAUCAUUCUGCACACUUGUUUCCUUUUUGUUCGAAAGAAAAAAGGAUUACAGAGGACAAGACUACACAUCCCAUCCCCACUUUAAGGUUUACGGGUGACUUUCGUUCGGAUAAGGUUUGCCAGCGAUUCAUUCAGACAUUUUGGUUUAAUUUCAAAUGCUCCAUUACCAGUUCCAUCACCAAGUCGACUUUCUAAGAUAUUAUUUCUUGGGAAGUAUGUUUGGGUGCGUUUAGCCAAAUGAAUCAGGUGUUGAACAGAAAAUACCUUAUUCGCUUGAUUACCUCACACCUUUCCCGCCAAAAUAAACGGCCAAGUUAUCAUUCAAAAGCCAUUUUUAUCGAAGAUAUCCGAAAUUGCAAAGAUUUUAAUUCUGCAACCUUAAAGCACAGCUAUUCAUUGAAAUCUGGGCUCUUAAGCAACACUUUCAUUACCAAUCAUCUCAUCAAUUGCUAUAAAAGACUUCAAAAGAUCAGGUAUGCGCAUCAACUAUUCGAUGAAAUGCCUGAACCAAACGUGGUAUCAUUUACUUCGCUCAUGGCUGGCUAUGUUGACAUGGGUCGACCCAAAUUUGCACUUUGGUUAUAUGGAAGAAUGCCUGAGAGUUCAGUGGUGGCCAAUGAUUUCACUUUCGCAACAGUGAUUAAUGCGUGCUCCAUGCUUGCUGAUCUUGAAACUGGCAAGAAGGUCCAUACCCAUGUUGAGAUUUUUGGGUUUCAAGGCAAUCUUGUGGUGUCCUCUUCAUUGGUUGAUAUGUAUGGGAAAUGCAAUGAUGUCGAUGGAGCUAAGCGGGUCUUUGAUUUGAUGGAUUAUAAGAAUGUUGUUUCAUGGACUUCAAUGAUUGCAGCGUAUGCACAGAAUGCAAGAGGAAAUGAAGCACUUGAAGUUUUUAGACAAUUCAAUUCUUUGGUGCAAGAAAGAAGUAACCAUUUUAUGUUGGCUAGUGUGAUCAAUGCUUGUGCAAGCUUGGGGAAGUUGGUCUCAGGGAAAGUUGCACAUGGUGCAGUAAUUCGCAGUGGUUAUGAGGUAAAUGAUGUGGUUGCAAGUGCACUUGUCGACAUGUAUGCCAAAUGUGGGUGUUUUAGUUACUCGGAUAAGGUUUUUAGGCAAAUUCCCAAUCCUUCCAUCAUUCCAUAUACAUCAAUGAUUGCGGGUGCUGCAAAGUAUGGACUUGGAAAAGUCUCUCUUCAGCUCUUUGAAGAUAUGGUUCGUAGAAGAAUAAAGCCAAAUGAUGUGACUUUCGUUGGGGUUUUGCAUGCAUGCAGCCAUUCAGGACUUGUCAAUGAAGGACUACAACACCUGAACUCCAUGUAUGGGAAACAUGGAAUAAUGCCUGAUGUAAAGCAUUAUACAUGUGUUGUUGACAUGCUCAGUCGUAGUGGCCGUCUAGAUGAGGCUUACCAGUUAGCAAAAUCUAUUAGGGUGAAUCCGAGUGAAGGAGCUCUCUUGUGGGGCACGCUUCUGUCAGCUAGUAGGCUUCAGGGACGAGUAGAUGUAGCUGUUGAAGCCAGUAAGUGGUUGAUUGAAUCUAAUCAACAAGUAGCAGGCACAUAUGUCACAUUGUCAAACACUUACGCAUUGGCCGGGGAGUGGGAGAAUGCUUAUUAUCUUCGGUCUCAAAUGAAGAGAGUAGGAGUUUACAAGGAACCCGGGUGCAGCUGGGUUGAGAUUAAGGAUUCAACUUAUGUGUUCUACGCUGGCAAUCUAUCAUGUGAAAGAGGGAAUGAAGUCUUGAAUUUUCUGAAGGAGUUGGAGAGGAGAAUGAAGGAGAGGGGUUAUGUAGGGGGAAGCAUGGGAUUAGUGUUUGUCGAUGUGGAACAAGAGGCCAAGGAGGAAAUUGUGAGUCUGCAUAGUGAGAGGUUAGCCCUGGCCUUUGCGUUGCUUAGCAUACCUAAAGGAAUCACCGUUAGAGUAAUGAAGAAUUUGAGAAUGUGCAAGGACUGUCAUGAGGCUUUCAAACUGAUUAGUGGGAUUGUAGAGAGAGAUUUUGUUGUAAGAGAUAUUAAUAGAUUUCAUCAUUUUGAUAAUGGAUCUUGCUCUUGCAGGGACUUUUGGUAAUACUUCCGACAGUGAGUGAUGCAUAUAAUAAAAUUGAUUUUUUUUAGACUAACAUGAAUUAAUAUAUUUUAAGAAAAUUGACAGAGACAUCAUAGUAAUCAUACUCACUGUAUACCGAACCAAUACCUUAGUGUUUCUCUUUUCC